CGUCAGCGGUCUCUUCCGCCGCAGCCGCCGCCAUCGCCGGCGCGCCUCGCCCGUCUCCUCUUCCCGUGAGCAUCCGUCGCCAUCCGCCACCAUGGUGAACUUCACGGUAGACCAGAUCCGCGCCAUCAUGGACAAGAAAGCCAACAUCAGGAAUAUGUCCGUCAUCGCUCACGUGGACCACGGCAAGUCCACGUUGACUGACUCCCUGGUGUGUAAGGCGGGCAUCAUCGCCUCGGCUCGAGCCGGGGAGACCCGCUUCACUGACACCCGGAAGGACGAGCAGGAGCGCUGUAUCACCAUCAAGUCCACUGCCAUCUCCCUCUUCUAUGAGCUCUCUGAGAACGACCUCAACUUCAUCAAGCAGAGCAAGGAUGGCUCCGGCUUCCUCAUCAACCUCAUCGACUCCCCAGGCCAUGUGGACUUCUCCUCAGAGGUGACAGCGGCCCUGCGUGUCACCGAUGGAGCUCUGGUGGUGGUGGACUGCGUGUCUGGUGUGUGCGUGCAGACGGAGACAGUGCUCCGACAGGCCAUCGCCGAGCGCAUCAAGCCCGUGCUGAUGAUGAACAAGAUGGACCGUGCUCUGCUCGAGCUGCAGCUGGAGCCUGAGGAGCUGUACCAGACUUUCCAGCGCAUUGUGGAGAACGUCAACGUCAUCAUCUCCACCUACGGCGAGGGCGAGAGCGGGCCCAUGGGCAAUAUCAUGAUCGACCCCGUGCUGGGCACCGUGGGCUUCGGGUCUGGCCUGCAUGGCUGGGCCUUCACGCUGAAGCAGUUUGCAGAGAUGUAUGUAGCCAAAUUUGCAGCCAAAGGUGAGGGCCAGCUGGGGCCGGCCGAACGGGCCAAGAAAGUGGAGGACAUGAUGAAGAAGCUCUGGGGGGACCGGUACUUUGAUCCAGCCAAUGGCAAAUUCAGCAAAUCUGCUAACAGCCCCGACGGGAAGAAGCUCCCCCGCACCUUCUGCCAGCUCAUCCUGGACCCCAUCUUCAAGGUGUUCGAUGCCAUCAUGAACUUCAGAAAGGAGGAGACGGCCAAGCUGAUCGAGAAGCUGGACAUCAAGUUGGACAGUGAGGACAAGGACAAGGAGGGCAAACCCUUGCUCAAAGCUGUGAUGCGCCGCUGGCUGCCCGCUGGGGACGCUCUCCUCCAGAUGAUCACCAUCCACCUGCCGUCCCCUGUCACCGCCCAGAAGUACCGCUGUGAGCUGCUCUACGAGGGCCCACCUGAUGACGAGGCCGCCAUGGGCAUUAAAAGCUGCGAUCCCAAGGGCCCUCUCAUGAUGUACAUCUCCAAGAUGGUGCCAACCUCCGACAAAGGCCGCUUCUAUGCCUUCGGUAGAGUGUUCUCCGGGGUGGUGUCAACGGGACUCAAGGUCCGGAUCAUGGGUCCCAACUACACCCCUGGGAAGAAGGAGGACUUGUACCUGAAGCCCAUCCAGAGAACCAUCCUGAUGAUGGGCCGCUAUGUGGAGCCGAUUGAGGAUGUGCCCUGCGGGAACAUUGUGGGGCUGGUCGGUGUAGACCAGUUCCUGGUGAAGACUGGGACCAUCACCACCUUCGAGCACGCUCACAACAUGCGUGUGAUGAAGUUCAGUGUCAGCCCUGUCGUCAGAGUGGCUGUGGAGGCCAAGAACCCCGCUGACCUGCCAAAGCUGGUGGAGGGGCUGAAGCGGCUGGCCAAGUCGGACCCCAUGGUGCAGUGCAUCAUCGAGGAGUCUGGGGAGCACAUCAUUGCGGGAGCAGGGGAGUUGCACCUGGAGAUCUGCCUCAAGGACUUGGAGGAGGACCACGCCUGCAUCCCCAUCAAGAAAUCGGACCCUGUUGUCUCGUACCGGGAGACAGUGAGUGAGGAGUCGAAUGUGCUCUGCCUGUCCAAGUCCCCCAACAAGCACAACCGGCUGUACAUGAAGGCCCGGCCCUUCCCCGACGGGCUGGCCGAGGACAUCGACAAGGGUGAAGUGUCUGCUCGUCAGGAGCUCAAGGCUCGUGCACGCUAUCUGGCUGAAAAGUACGAGUGGGAUGUCGCUGAAGCCCGAAAGAUCUGGUGUUUUGGGCCUGAUGGCACUGGCCCCAAUAUUCUCACCGACAUCACCAAGGGUGUGCAGUACCUGAACGAGAUCAAGGACAGUGUGGUGGCUGGCUUCCAGUGGGCCACUAAGGAGGGCGCGCUCUGCGAGGAGAACAUGCGUGGGGUGCGCUUUGACGUCCACGACGUGACCCUGCAUGCUGAUGCCAUCCACCGAGGUGGUGGCCAGAUCAUCCCCACAGCCCGGCGCUGCCUCUACGCCAGUGUGCUGACCGCACAGCCCCGCCUCAUGGAGCCUAUCUACCUGGUGGAGAUCCAGUGUCCUGAGCAAGUUGUGGGUGGCAUCUACGGUGUCCUGAACAGGAAGCGUGGUCAUGUGUUUGAGGAGUCCCAGGUGGCUGGUACCCCCAUGUUUGUGGUCAAGGCCUACCUGCCUGUCAACGAGUCCUUUGGUUUCACGGCCGACCUGCGCUCCAAUACCGGUGGCCAGGCCUUCCCGCAGUGUGUGUUCGACCACUGGCAGAUCCUGCCUGGGGACCCCUUCGACAACAGCAGCCGCCCCAGCCAAGUGGUUGCUGAGACCCGCAAGCGCAAAGGCCUAAAAGAGGGCAUCCCAGCGCUGGACAACUUCCUGGACAAACUGUAGGCAGCCUGGUACUGCCAACACUGCACGGUGCCUGCCCAUCAGAAGACACCUUGAGACUGUCCCCAUAGUGCUCCCCGGAGGUCGCUGGGGCCACCCUGCCACCACUCAGCACUAACACUUGAUGCCGAUUCUAUUUAUUUCGGAAUUCCAAGGCAGCGGAGUCUCCUGCAGGCUGGACUGGCGGGCCAUGGGGUGGGCGGGACACAGCUCUAUCAUUUUCAGAGGGAGAUGCUGAGAUGUCACAUGUCUAAAUAAAUGCAUUCAGAGGUUUACGGGUCCAUCCAUGGCCCAAGUGGAGUUUCCCCAGAGGGGAGGCGGGCGGCCUGCGGGUACCCUGGCUGUGCGACCCUUGGAGUAAUAAACUGCUAUGGUUGA